AGUCCCUUCAGUCUGAGCAGCAGCACCCAAAGAGCGCCUGGUGCUUCCCUGCAUUUUUUGCAUUUGGAUUCCCAUCUGGAAUUUUUACGUAAGAGCAGUUCUUGGGAAGAAGCAUCCUUCAAAGUGUCAAAUUCACCACCAGCGUGUCAGGCAUUUCAUACUUUGCCUCCAAAGGAGCUGAAGUCGCCUUGGUUACACAGUGCAGCUUUAUGCUGGGGGAGGACAAGGGGCACCUCAGCAGGGCUGCCCACAGCAGUUCACCAUGUCAAAGAAGUUUCUUCCCCAACUCCUUUUUGGUUCUCCUAAUUCUUAGAAAAGAUGACAAAGUUCAAGAUGAACUCGUCUGAACCUCAUGGGGUCUUUUCCUCCUUUUUCCUACUUUGUCUGUUCUGCGUAUGACGGAAGUUUGGUGAAGCCUUUCAUUUCAGUCAAAGCAGAGUUCAGGAUUAUGAUACUAAGGACUUUUCUGACCGUGGCGUCCACUGUUGUUCUCAUCAGGUCUGCUCAUCAGUCAUGCUUGGAAGGGGAGCGGGAAGAGGACAGUGCCCUUUGUGUUGCCUUCACCCCCUACCUCAUCUUCAGUUAUGGCAGUUCCAUAUUCCGAGUGGACCGAGAAGGGACCAACCUGAAGAGGCUGGUGGCCAACACAAGUGCUUCUGUCAUACUGGGCUACCACCACGGUGAGGACAGGAUCUACUGGGCCGACAUGGGCAGGCAGGGCAUGAUUGGCAGGGCUUUCAUGAAUGGCACAAGGAAAGAGAUGGUGCAUGUGACAGGAGAAGGUGUUUCAGGAUUUACUGUAAAUUGGAUCCAAAACACCAUCAUCUGGAGCAAUCGCAUCAAGGGGACAAUCGAAGAGGUGACUGUCAAUGGGUCAAACCCACACCUUCUUUUUGGAGACUUGUUUCAUCCAAGUGACGUUAUUGUUGAUCCCUAUGAGAGGCUUCUCUUCUGGCUUUCUGAUGGACUGUUGGCCACUGUUGAUUGUGCCCCUAGCACUGGUGGAAAGGUGAAGUCAAUAUUCGGCUCACAUGAGAAACUGGAAACGAUCUCACUGGAUUUUAAUGACAAGAGAGUCUUUUGGGUUCAGUAUGGUCAAGAAGAAGAUGAAGCCAUGGUGGGAUCCUGUGACUACAGUGGGGCUACCGUCCAUAUGAUGAGAUUAUUGGCUCAAUCUUGGCCAUUUAGGAUGUCUCUGUUUGCUGAUCACAUCUACUAUACGGACCUGAAGAGCAGAACAAUCAGGAGAACCCAUAAAUACACUGGCCGAAAUGUUGUCACUUUAAACCUCAAGCCAUCGUUUGAUGUUUUGGCAGAUGUGAAAGUCGUCUUCCCAUUAACUUCACUCACAGACCGGACAGGAGCUCCAUUAACAGCUGAUUCUGGAUGUGCCAGUGGACAAGACAGUUGCCGAAGUGUCUGUGUGAGGGACGGGGACCAGCAGUGCUGGUGUGCGGAGGGCUUUGCACUAACCAAAAAUGGGACUGCUUGUGAAGAUGUCAAUGAGUGUGCCUUUUGGAAUCAUGGCUGUACUUUAGGCUGCUACAACAUCCCAGGCUCCUACGUCUGCACCUGUCCUCAAGGAUUUGCUUUACUGCCGGAUAUGAAAACCUGCCACGAGCUGCUGCCAUGCUUGUCUGACCUUACCAGUUGCAGUCAUUACUGCAUGCAGACAGAAGAGGGCGCCGUAUGCUCCUGCCCAGAGGGAUCCAUGUUGGCUCCAGAUGGGAGAACCUGCACAGGUUGUACAUCUCUGGAUAACGGGGGGUGCAGUCAGAUUUGCACGUUGCAGAGUCCCACUAAAUGGGAGUGUGAUUGCUUUCCUGGAUAUCUUCUUGACCGGGACGCCAAGCACUGCAGCGCAGUUGGUCCCCAGCCUUAUCUACUUUUUGCAAAUAUUCAUGAUAUUCGGCGCAUCCACUUUGAUGGCACCUUGUAUGAGACCCUGUUGGAUAAGCAGGUGGGCCGAGUGUUAGCACUGGACUACGACCCGGUGGAAAGUAAGAUUUAUUUUGCUCAUACUGCUCUCAAGUGGAUAGAGAGAGCCAACCUGGAUGGCACAGAGCGUGAAGUGUUGGCCAGUGAGGAUUUAGAGUUGUGUGGAGGACUGACUUUGGACUGGAUAAACCGCAAGCUGUACUGGACCGACUCGGGGCGGUCUGAGAUUAAAAGAAGUGCCCUUAACAGGAUGCAAGGAGAGGUGAUCAUCCAGGACAACAUGACCAAGCCCCAUGGAAUUACCGUCCACCCUCUGGCAAAGAGGCUGUUCUGGACCGAUGAAGGUGACAAGCCUCUGAUUGAAAGCGCCUUCUUGGAUGGCAGCGGGCGCCGCAUUGUCGUCGGCACCCACCUUGUUGCCCCGACUGGACUAGCAGUGGACUACCUGGCAGACAAGCUGUACUGGUGCGAUGCCAAACGAUCGGUAAUUGAAGUGGCUGAACUGGACGGCACCCACCGGCGCAGCCUGACACAGAACAAUGUAGGCCACCCCUUCAGCGUUGCUGUAUUUGAAGAUUACCUUUGGUUCACUGACUGGAAGAAUCCAUCUGUUGUGAGAGUGGACAAGAGGAGUGGACAGAAUGGAGUGCGUCUGCGAGGCAACAUGUCGCACCCUUCUUCUCUUGUUAUUGUGCACCCUUUAGCCAAACCCGGUGCUGACCCCUGCUUGUCCAAUAAUGGCGGAUGCAGCCACAAGUGUGACAACAGGUUUGGCGUGGCUCACUGCUCGUGUCACCCACAGUUUCUAAAGGGUGCCGAUGGCCGGUCUUGUUAUCGCUCGGAGUCAGUUCCAUUGUCCAAUGAGCCCGACUCUCACAGGCUGAAUUUAUCAAAUACACCACUGAACAGUGAAGGCAGUCCAGCAUUUCCUGUCACACGUCCCACUGCUGGAGGAGACGCUUCCCUGAGGAUCUCUCUGGAAGCGGAAAUUAUGAUUUCAGAUGAAGGUGACGACUGUGCUGAACAAGAGUGUGACAUUAACGCUCAGUGUGUCCUGACAGAAGGGGGCGCUGUUUGUCAAUGUAUGGAAGGAUUUGCUGGCAAUGGCAGCACCUGCAAAGACAUUGACGAAUGCUACACUGGCAUUGCCCUCUGUCAGCGGGGGUUCGCAGUUUGCAUUAAUACAGAGGGAGGCUACGUCUGCAAGUGCCAUGCUGGAUACACUGGGGAUGGCGUGAGCUGUCUGGAUAUUGAUGAAUGCAGCAUUGGUGUCCACAACUGUCACCCACACGCCGAUUGCACAAACACAGAAGGAAACUUCACCUGCACUUGCAGAAGUGGCUUCUCCGGAUCAGGCCUUAGCUGUUUUGAAUCAACAAUCCCACCACCUCGGAAUGUCUAUGAAACGACACAUCCAUGGAAUGACGAGCGACAUCACAGCUGCCCUGCCUCCCACGCCGAGUACUGCCUUCAUGAAGGAGUCUGCUUCCAUAUUCCAGAAAUUGAAUCCUACGCCUGCAACUGUGUGACAGGUUACAUGGGGGAGCGCUGCCAGUUCAGCGAUCUGGAGUGGUGGGAACUGCAGCGUGAAGAGGAAGAGAAGAAGCGUAAUCUCACCAUCGCUGUCUGCAUGAUCAUACUGGUCCUGGUGCUGACCGUUGGUGCCUGUGUGACGUAUUGUAACAGACAAAAGGAAUAUCAAGUGAAGAAUCCCUGUACUGAUGAAAUGAACGAGGGGAGCAGCGGUGUGGAUAGUGUCACCAGGACGUCUGGCAGCAGCGCCAAGCGGGUCUUUCUCGUACUGGAACAGGACCCAAGAGGAGAAGUUGGUCUUAUUCAGGUGCUCGGCUACAAUCACAAGCCAGUUUGCCACAGCUGCUCUUCAAAAACUGGUAGAGGUAAAGGUGCCCCAUUGGAGGAAGUGUCCAGGAUGCCCCAUGAGGGAGAUGAUCUGGUGCUGCCAUGUCAGUGGACAGAUGGCUGCCAUCUUGAGCCCAACAUUAGCGCUCUCCUCCUGAAAGCAGAUGGAGGGCUGAUUCACCUGGAAGGCAGUGGCCUCAGAAAAGACCCAGUGCCAGUCUGAGAGUUUGACGUGGACCUUUGUGACGUGAGCAGUUUCUGAGAGGACAGCGCUAGUUAGACAAUUAAACCUGUCUGCGUCACAAUGGAGAGGCCCUCUUAGAAGUCCUGGCCACCAUCCCACUGAGAGGUGACCUCAUGUCUGCUGACCCCUUGGUCUUUAGUGUUACCUCUUAGAAUAAUCUCAUAAAGGUCAUCUUGUUUUUGUAUUGUGUCACAUGGCCGCUUAGAUCGUAGUCCUCGUCAUCGCUCCACCGACCUCCUUUGGCCUUUCUCUCUAGCGUGGAUUAGUCUGUUGCCCCACAAUGCCCGCUUCUCCCACUUAUUAGAGCUCACGAAGCUGCCCGCCUGCUCUUUGUAUUCCAGUGUACAGAAGGGUCAUGGACGACAGAAACGAAGGCCAUGCUGAACUCCGCCUGUUACAUCAUAACCAGAAGACAAUGGGCACGACGUCCUGAAGAGGAACUGUGCAAGUCGAGUGACAAUGGGGAGGAAUUUGUCCAUCUUUAUUUUACUGUUAACGUUUGUGCCCACCUGCUUAGGACAUUUCUGCCUGAUAGCAACAGAAGGCACAUGUGGGCCUUCACCGCCUGAUUAUCCCAGACGUUCCGCACGCUUGUAUUUCUUGUGUGACGUUUUGAGUGAACGAAGCUAGCAGGCCACAAAACGGCAUUUGGUGACAAUUUAAUAAGCGUUGACUUUACGUUGAUGACGCCUCCUCACUCUUGAUGACUUUUUUCGCCAAUGAUGAUUAUUUUUGAUGGCCACUUCCUGACAGCAUUGGGUGUGAGACCUCAAUCCAUGUCAGGAUGCCAGUUCAAGUUCAGCUCAUUGUAGUGUCUUCAGGUGACACAUAAGUGACAUGAUGUACUCCCGUAACGAUGAAGAGUAGGAGAAGCUGACGUUAAUGCCGCGAUGGUACAAGAUAGAUUAACACUUCGAAGAGCCGGCAUGCAGCAUUCACUGGGAUUCUUGUUUUUAUUUUUUUUUAGUACAGUAAGUUGUUUGAAGGCUCUCUGUGAAAGACACUAUAUAAAAUAAAGUUUGAUUGAUUGUCGUGGUCUGUGAUAA